CACCGUCACCUACGGCACAAAACCAGCAUCGUUUCUCUCAGUGCGAGCUAUGCACCAACUGGCCAUGGAUGAGCAGAAAACUUUCCCUAUUGGCUCUGACAUUGUUAAAAGAGAUUUCUACGUGGAUGACCUCAUUUCUGGUGGUAGCUGUGUUCAAGAAGCAAUUGAGAUAUUGAAACAAACAUCUGGACUACUCGCCAAGGGGAACUUUAGGCUGCGCAAAUGGUGUUCUAGCGACACAUCUGUACUCCAAAACAUACCGGAAGAGGAUAGAGAAACGCUGCUUAAGUUUGACGAUGGCAGUGACAUCACGAAAACGUUAGGCCUCGUUUGGGAUCCCGCUUCAGACUGUUUCCUUUUCUCCUUCUCUCCACUGAGGUUGCCCUCCAGACUGACAAAACGGUCAAUACUCUCCGCAAUUGCUCGCUUUUACGACCCCCUUGGUCUUGUUGGUCCCGUAAUAACAAAAUCGAAAAUUUUUAUGCAGGAUCUCUGGAGAGAAAAGCUGGACUGGGAUGAGAGCCUGCCUGUACACUUAAGCACAGCCUGGGUCAACUUCUGCGCUGAUUUUGAGUAUACUCAGCAAUUCCAGUAUCCCCGUCGAGCACUCUCAUCAGACAGUACAGUGGAGAUUCACGGAUUUUGUGAUGCCAGCCUAAGCGCUUAUGGAGCAUGCGUCUAUACAGUCUCAAAGUGCAAUGGCAACACCAGCGUGCGUCUCUUAUGCUCCAAAUCGCGUGUCGCGCCUGUGAAAACCAUCACGGUACCAAAGCUGGAACUCUGCGGAGCUGCAUUACUGGCUCAACUUCUCAGCGAAAUAUGCCAAAUGAAAGUGUUCGACUGUCGGUAUUACUGUUGGUCAGACUCUGCCGUGACUUUGGCUUGGAUUCGCAAUGAUGCUUCGAAAUUCAAUGUUUUCGUUGCCAACCGAGUCGCAGCCAUCCAAGAGCUCACCACUGGAAUGGAAUGGCAUCAUAUUCCCACCGAAUUAAACCCGGCGGAUAUAAUUUCACGAGGAGCGCUGCCUAGUGAGCUCUUCCGGUCUCCAUUAUGGGCCCAUGGUCCGAGUUUUCUCAGUAAGGGAAAGGAAGAGUGGCCUGCCUCCUGUGUACCUGUCGAAUCCUUACCAGAACUUCGACACAAGGUACUCCUCGGAACUGCAGCGCAACCGGAUCUCUCGAUUGGUUGCAAGUUCAUCAAUUCGUUUUCCAAGCUGCAGCGGGUCUUUGCUUAUGUUUACAAAUUUGUAAAUCGAAUCCGAGGAGCUGAACUAACCGUUGACCACUUGCAUCAUGGCACACAUUGGUUGCUGCGGUCAGUGCAAAUGGCUACUCUCAGCGAUGACUACAAGGCAUUGAAGGAAGGAAGGCAUGUCAAACCGUCUAGCUCAAUGGCCUCUCUUGCACCAUUCCUUGACGACUUCGGCCUACUUCGCAUCGGUGGACGGCUGAAAAACUCGUCGUUGGACUUCUCAGCGCGACAUCCGAUUAUAUUGCCCCGUCAGCAUCCUGUGACGCGAGCAAUCAUAGUUUACUUUCAUAAACGAAACUUACACGCUGGACCUCGCGCUUUAUUGUCUUCGAUUCGGCUCCAGUACUGGCCCAUUGGCGGUCGAAAAACAGUCUCCAGUAUUGUUGCCAAAUGCAUAAUCUGUUUUCGUGCCAAGCCACGAUUGGCCGAGCAUAUAAUGGCAGACCUACCAGCUGAUCGUCUUAAUACAUCGUAUCCCUUUAUGGUCACUGGCGUUGAUUACUGUGGACCAUUUUACUACAAGAACGAAGUGCGCAACAGGCCACCAGUGAAAUGCUAUAUCAGUCUGUUCAUAUGCUUCGCUACAAAGGCGGUGCACUUAGAGCUUGUAAAGGACUUGUCCACAACAUCGUUUCUAAACGCCCUAAAACGUUUCAUCCUGACUCGCUCUCGACCUUCAAGGAUCUGGUCUGACAAUGCGACAAACUUCGUAGGUGCCAAGAACGAACUAGCAGAUCUGAACCGCCUGUUCCUGAGAGACGAGCAUGUCAAGGCCGUUAACGAGUUUUGCCUAACCGAAUCAAUUGAAUGGUUGUUCAUCCCUCCUCGCUCUCCGCACUUUGGUGGACUAUGGGAAGCCGCUGUGAAGACUGCUAAGCACCACUUUUAUCGAUCUGUUUGCUCUUCCAUUUUGGAUUUCGAUUCGCUGCAGCAUCCAGGUGAUCUUGACGUCUUGACACCCGCACACUUCCUGGGUACAGCGCCAUCUUCAUCAUACAUUGAGCCCGAUCUAAGGCAGCUUAACUUCAAUCGGCUUAAUCAUUUUCAGCGCGUCACAUAUCUCCAACAAGUAUUCUGGGCCCGUUGGCGCGAAGAGUAUUUGACGCUUCUUCAACAGCGCUCCAAAUGGCGCACUCCUCAGCCUGGACUCUCCAUUAACGAUGUUGUCCUUGUAAAGGAUGAGAAUCUACCGCCGCUGAAGUGGCCACUCGCCAGAGUGCAAGAGCUGAUCUCUGGAUCUGAUGGGGUAUCCAGAGUUGCUGUGCUUCAAACUGCGACUGGAGUCAUACGUAGAGCUGUACGAAAGCUGUGUUUGCUGCCCAAACAGGAUGAUGUUGAAAGCCCUUGCCUUCCAACGGGGGGAGAAUGUUUGGUCAAGUAA